UUUGUAAUAUUAUAUGUUUAUUAUAUCAUUUGUUUGUGUUUUGUGGUCUCAGGUAAAGCAUUUGCUCCAGAGUUUUAUUACGACACCUACAGUCCGCUGUGGCAGAACCGGCCGCGGGUUUACGGAUAUAAACUACAGUGGACGCAGAUGAACCCUGGAGCCGUUGACAGAAUCAUGGCGUAUCGACUGGGCAUCCGACAGACGGGGCAGCAGCGCUGGUGGGAGCAGGAGAUCCCAGUGGAGGGAAACAUCCAGAAAGGAGAGCUGAUCACACACAACCUGACCGAGCUGAUCAGACCUGAGGCGUAUGUGGUGCGGCUCACACCCAUAUCUCGCUUCGGGGAGGGGGACUCCACCACCCGCUUCAUCACAUACAGCGCACCAACCAAUCCACACCUGAGGGAGUUUGUGUGUAGUUUUGAGGAGGAGCCCGUCUGCUUGUUCACUCAGGAUAAGAAUGAUGAUUUCGACUGGACGAGACACAGCGCUGCGACCCGAGACACCAAAUACACUCCCAACACGGGGCCCAGCGGGGACCGCAGCGGGGCCAGACAGGGUUUCUACAUGUACAUUGAGACGUCCAGACCUCGUAAGGAAGGCGAUACGGCUCGUCUGCUGAGUCCCGUGUUUAACGUCGCACCCAAGAAUCCCUACAGCAUCACCAGCCCUCCUGCUUACUGCUUCAGCUUCUACUACCACAUGUACGGCAAACACAUUGGCUCUCUGAAUGCAUUCGUGAAGCAGAAAGGUCAGUCGACUUCAGAUGCAGGUCCAGUCUGGUCCCUCAGCGGGAACCAAGGGGACCGAUGGAGACAGGCCAAAAUUAGCAUCCAUCCGGUUUCAUCCUUCCAGGUAAUAUUUGAGGGCAUCCGCGGCCCCGGAAUCGAGGGGGACAUCGCCAUUGAUGAUGUCACGCUGGAGGAGGGGGAGUGUCCUGACCCUCCGUCCAAUCCUAUCAGAGGAGCGUCCGCACACACCGCCUCCAGUAUAUGGCCAUUGAGCGUCACGCUGUUUUUUACCGUAUUCGUUCAUCAGAGGUGACGUUCCACAUGAGGAAAAAGACUCAAGACGCGUCCCUUAAUAUUUAAUCACCAAAGAUUCAUGCUUUCAGACCGCUAAGAAGGCACAACACUGGAUCAACACGGAAUAAUGUCAUGAAACAACCACAAACCUGGACAGAAGAGUAAUGAGGAUUUGCUCAAUAGAAUAAACCUUCUCUGUGGACGUGGCUGAGGGAUUGAACAGUCGGAAAAGCACAACGUUUAUUUCUCCAUCUGGAUGUAUGGAUACAAGCAAGCAAAACCUAGCAUCAUCGUUUGUUUUUCCCUCACGAUUUUUCCGUUUUUCACCCUGAUAAACGUUCCUUUCUGGUGCUUCGGAGUACAAUCAACCAACGUUAUCCUUUAUUUGGUUUACAUAUCACAAUUUGGUUUGGCUUGGUGCUUUAAAUUAAACUAUUUUGUUUUGCUUUAUAGCCCAGUAGCAGCCGGAUCUCGCAACACUGUGCUCACGUUCCCAGCGGCAGACGGACAGGUUUCCGUACGGUAAACAAGUCAAUCGCUUAUGUAGUGUCGCAAUCAAGACCACGUCAAGACCAGACCUGCUCCAUUCAUUCAUUCGGCUUUCUACAGCUUAGUCCCUUUAUUCAUCAGGG